UCAUCACAUGAAUCAAUGGUUACAAUGUUUCAUGAUGACCUAUCAUAUGUGAAUGAUACGGAUGUUAUUAGUUUGAAUUCGAUGACAAAUUCUUUAUUGCAACCACCACCACAACAUACAAAAUCAACAUUACAAUAUCAAGAAAAUGUUAUACAAGAUCUUCCAGUACUUACACGUGCACGUGCUACACUUCCAAUUGAAUAUUUAUAUUUACAUGAAAUGGAAUCUGAAACAAUCAAUAAUAAUGAUGGCAGUGGUAGUAGCAUAAUAAUAACAGGUGUAUUUGCACGAAAACAAAUACCUAAACGGACACAAUUUGGACCAAUCGAAGGUGUUAUGGUUGAAUUAUCCGAUGAAACUAGCCAAUAUCAACCGAAUAUUAUUGCAUAUAGUUCGAAAUCAAAUCUAAUUAUAUUCCUAUCUAAUCAAAUGAUUCUAAGUCAAUCGGAUGAAAAUGGUUCCAAUUGGACACGUUUCAUACGGCCAGCACAAACAUUGGCUGAACAAAAUAUUGAAUUGGUUGCUAAAGAAUUUUCAACAAAUGAAUUUAAAUUAUUUCUUUUGUCUACACGUACAAUUAUGCCCGAUGAAGAAUUAAAAGCAUGGUAUUCACCGGAAUAUGCAGAAACAUUUGGUAUUAAACUUUUAGCUGAAAUUGUUGAUAUUAAGAAUGACGUUGAUGAUGAUAAUAACAACAAUAAUGUCCAUAUGAUUGAUAAAACUUCUACUUCAGAUUCGAAUAAUAAUGGUAUUCAUUAUCAGCAACAACAGCAGCAGCAAACUGGACAUAAAUUACGAAAUAAGAUUGCCAAAACUCAACAGAUUAUGGUCAACAACAACAACAACAGCAGCAGCAGCAGCAGCAGCAACAACAACAACAAAUGA